AUGAUUUUACGGCUUUCACCUAAAAUAAAUGGCAGUAACAUUCUUUCGACGCUCCGAAUACGUGCAAGAGUUCUGUCAUAUAAAACACCUCUUUUACAUAAAAUUUCACACCAAUCCAGUCUUAAGCAGCCAUUUGGCUCAUAUAAGAGUUUUUUAAAUUCCACUUCUCGAAGCUAUGCGUCAGUCACAAACCAAGAAGUCGAUCCUCGUCUUACUGCAGAGCGUUUUGUUGACGAGACUGACGUCGUUAUAGUUGGUGCUGGUCCAUCAGGAUUAUCCGCCGCAAUUCGCUUAAAACAAUUGGCAAAUGCCGAAGGAAAAGAAGUUAGAGUAGUAGUUAUUGAAAAAGCUAGUGAACUCGGUGCUCACACACUUUCCGGUGCAGUUCUUGAGCCUAGAGCAUUAAAUGAACUUUUACCUGAUUGGAAAGAACGAGGGGCACCAUUAAAUCAACCAGUACUCAAGGACGAAAUGAGAUUCUUUACAGAAAAGUUAUCCAUUCCUCUUCUUCCUCUUCCAUCAGUGAUGAAGAACAAAGGCAAUUAUAUCGUUAGCUUGAACAGUUAUGUAAAAUGGCUUGGUGAACAAGCUGAAGAAGUUGGAGUUGAAGUUUAUUCGGGGUUUUCUGCAAGUGAGGUUUUAUAUAAUGAGGAUGGUAGUGUGCGCGGCAUCGCCACAAAUGAUAUGGGUCUCGAUAAAAACUUUAAACCAAAAGAAAAUUUUGAACGUGGUAUGGAAUUUCAGGCCAAAGUCACUCUAUUUGCUGAAGGUUGUCAUGGAUCACUUACUAAAACUUUGAUGAGAAAAUUUAACCUUCGUGAAGGUAGACAACAACAAACCUAUGCGAUUGGAAUCAAGGAAGUUUGGGAAAUCGAUCCUGCAAAGCAUAUUCCUGGUUACUGCUUACACGCAACAGGAUGGCCCCUUGACUACAAAACCUACGGCGGAGGAUUCAUGUAUCAUAUGGAAAAUAAUAUAGUGCAAUUAGGGUUCAUAGUUGCUUUGGACUAUCAAAACACUUAUUUGCAUCCAUACAAGGAAUUUCAAAGAUAUAAAUCUCAUCCAUCAAUCAGGAAACAUCUUGAAGGUGGAAAGGUUAUAUCUUAUGGAGCGAGAGCUUUAAAUGAGGGUGGAUAUCAGUUUACAGGACUUACACUUAGUAAAGUUGACGCAAGUUUUGCGAAGGUUUGCGUAGGUGGUUCAAUUCCUAAAUUAGUUUUCCCCGGAGGUGCUCUUAUUGGUUGUACUGCCGGAUUUUUAAAUCUUCCUAAAAUAAAAGGGACGCACAAUGCAAUGAAAUCCGGGAUGCUUGCUGCUGAAGCUGCAUACGAUGCCAUAACAUCUGAUACAUCAUCCGGACCUAUUACACUCACUGCCUAUGAAGAAUCAAUUCAAGAUUCAUGGGUAUACAAAGAAUUGUAUGAUGUGAGAAAUAUUAGACCUUCAAUGAAUUCACCUCUUGGAGUAUACGGGUUUAUCUUAUAUUCUGGUAUAGAAAUGUUGUUUUUGAAAGGAAAAGCUCCAUGGACAUUGAAACAUCAUCAUCCAGAUCAUGCUGUGUUAAAACCAGCAAAAGAAUGUAAACCAAUAGAAUAUCCUAAACCUGACGGCGUUAUAACGUUUGAUUUGCUUGAGAGUGUUUCUCGAAGUGGAACAACCCAUACAGAGAAUCAACCUGUGCAUUUACGUGUUCGAGAUAAAAAGUUGCCUGUUGAUGUCAAUUUGAAAAUUUACGAUGGGCCUGAAGGAAGAUUUUGCCCAGCUGGCGUGUAUGAAUUUGUUGACGACGAAAAUAAUCCAAACGAAAAACGAUUACAAAUUAAUUCACAAAACUGUGUACAUUGUAAAACCUGUGAUAUCAAGGAUGUAUCGCAGAAUAUUGAUUGGGUAACGCCUGAAGGUGGAAAUGGGCCAAAAUAUGUUUUGACUUAA